AUGCCCAUUUCCACCCAAGGUGUGCACUCCCGCUGGGGCAGCGGCGGUGAUGCGUGGCGUCCGCUACUACUGCUCCCCAUACUGGUGGUGCUGCACCUGUUCGCUGUGGCCGCAACCCCUGCAAACGCCUUUUAUGUGCCUGGUGCAGCGGAGACGUCGUACAAAGCGGGCGAUGCCGUCAAAUUCAUGGCGAAUACACUGCGCUCCUCGUCGGAGAUGUUUCCAAUCGACUACGCAAAGAUGCCCUUCUGUCAACCAGCAAUGUUAGAGUUCAAGGAGGAGUCCAUUGGCGAGAUUAUUUGGGGUGACCGCAUGCUCAACUCCCUGUACGCCGUCAAGAUGCUGGAGGACGUGAAGUGCAUGCCUCUCCCCGAUUGCAACGUUGUCGCCAACAACGAGAGGAUUCACAGCAAGGAAGCAAAAACCCUCUCAAAUAUGAUCAAUAAGUGGUACCGUGUGUACAUGAACAUCGACAACUUGCCGGUUUUCUCCACCGACCCGGAGAGGACGCAGAUGAGCAAGUGCGCCCAGAAGCUCGGCAAAGACGUUAGGAUCUACGCACAGCGGGGGUUUCCGCUUGGACUCCCUGCCAAAUGCACGAGUGCGAGAGCCACACUGCUGAACAACCACCUUGAUUUCACAAUUCACUACAACACCGACAGCAAGACGACCGCUACAACGCCGGAGAUGGAACGGAAGUAUAUCGUGGUCUUCAUCGAGGUCAAGGCAAGAAGCAUUGCUUGGAACGCAUCUGAAGAGUGCAGCAAAGAGAUGGACAUCGAUCCGGAGGUUCUCGAGUCAACGCGCAGCCUCCAUAUGAGGGAUGUGAUCUUCAACAAGACGAUGGUGUACUGGACGUACAGUGUCAAGUGGAAAGAGAAUUCGAAGGUCAAAUGGGCGACGCGGUGGGACUUCUAUCUCACCGCCGCCGCCGCUGCCGCCCCCGCUGGCCACAUCCUCUUCAUCAUCCUCUCGCUUAUGGUGGUGCUGUUCAUCGGUAGUGCCGUGGUGGGGGCACUACUACGAGCGCUGCAUAAAGACUUUAACCGCUACAACUCCGAAGACCCGGAUGACCUGCAGGAGGAGAUGGGGUGGAAGCUGAUCCACGCCGACGUGUUCCGUCCGCCACCUCAGGCGAACUGGCUUGCCAUCUUUGUCGCCAACGGUUUGCAAAUACUCACGACGGUUGCGGUAGUGCUCAUUAUUGCGCUUAUGGGCUUUCUUUCACCCUCUCGGCGCGGCGCGCUCCUCACGACGCUCUUGCUGACCGCCGUCUUCACGUCGCUCAUUAGCGGCUACGUCUGUGGGGUGCUGCUGCAAUACCUCAACUGCCGUGCUUGGAAGCACAUUUUUACCUGCAGCCUCACGCUGCCGGGUGCGAUGCUGCUUAUGUACUUCCUCAUCCUCAUUAUCAACAAGUCGCACGGCGCCACUACUGCCAUCCCGUUUUCGACGCUACUAGAGGUGCUGGCGCUCUUCAUUGCGGUGAGCUUGCCACUGACGGUGCUGGGAGGCUCCCUGGCCUUCCGCGAGCAGCCCCUCACGAACCCGACCCGGGUCGGCCGUCUCGCUCGCGAGAUUCCGGCACAGAGCUUGAUCAACCAGCCCAUUUUCACGUACGUCUUCUGGCCAACUGUACCGCUUAUCGUCGCGGUGAUCGAGCUGUACUAUAUCAUGCAGGACUUGUGGGAAGGCCAGAUCUACUACUCCUUCGGCUUCCUCGCUGUGACAGCGAGCAUUUGGGUUCUCGUCUGCGCUCUCGUCACCGUAUCGUGCCUGUACUACGUUCUGUGCUACGAGAACCAUCGCUGGUGGUGGAUUGCGUACCUCGCGCCCGGCGGUGCCGGUGUGCAUAUGUUCUGCAUGUCAGCCAUCUUUUUUGCCUCUCAUGUUUCUGUGAGCAGCUUCGCCUCUGCGGUGCUCUACUUUGCCUACAUGGGGAUGGUGUCGUACAUGUAUGGAAUGGCGGCUGGCGCGGUCGGUGUGAUUUGCUCGAUUGUGUUCGUGCGCAAGAUCUACAGCAGCAUCAAGAUUGACUAG